AUGAUGCGCUGCCUGUUGCACCGUCGGCUGCCGGGAGGCGUGCUGAUAGCGUGGCGCUCGGCAUGUUGCAUUCGAGGACGGCGGGCAUCUUCCAGGAGCGCGCGACGAGGGCAGCAGACGACCGUUGCGGCUGGCGGGGCUAUUGAUAAACAUGUAGAGGAUCUCCUGAACGACUGGGACUUUGAUGAGGAGCCAACACGCAGUCUGGUGCCACCCCAACUUCGUGGAAAUGCUUCAGAAUUGGUGGAUGCAGAAUCUCUAGACGAGUUUGGAAAUACCGUAGUCAAGCCGAGUGUGCCUGCAGAGGUUAGGUGCUUUGACACAGCAAGAAUAUAUCUAAAGGCAGGUUCAGGGGGUAAUGGCUGUGUUGCAUUUCACAGAGAGAAAUUUGUUUCCAAAGGUGGUCCAUCGGGUGGGGAUGGUGGCCACGGAGGCGAUGUGUGGGCUGUGGCAGAUGGCUCUUUGAAUUCUCUGCUGAGCUUCAGGAGGCAAAUCCAUUGGAGGGCAAAGAAAGGUGUUGCUGGGCAGGGGUCGAAGAGGAGGGGGGCAGAUGGAGAGGACAUGUUUAUCCCUGUGCCCCCUGGGACCAUCAUACGCUGGAAGGGUGUUCCAUCAACAGAAGCUGCAUUGGCAGAGCUGGUUAAAGCUGGCGAAAAGGCCUUGUUGUUAAGAGGAGGGCGGGGUGGUCGUGGGAAUGCAUCCUUCAAGUCAGGCAAGGUCCAAGCACCACAGCUGGCAGAACUUGGAGAAGAUGGACCAGAGGCCUGGGUUGACUUGGAGUUGAAGCUUGUAGCAGAUGUUGGCAUCAUAGGGAUUCCGAAUGCUGGGAAGAGCACACUGCUGUCAAAGCUCAGUGCAGCUAAACCAAAGAUUGCGGACUACCCAUUCACAACACUCAUGCCAAAUCUGGGUGUUUGUGACUUGGACUAUGAGACAACUGUGUUUGCUGAUGUGCCUGGGCUGCUGGAGGGUGCUGCACAGGGCAUUGGCCUUGGGCACCAAUUUUUGAAACACUGCCAAAGGUGCAAAGUCCUCAUCCAUGUCAUUGAUGGAACGAGUGAAGACCCUUUGGGAGACUUCGAGGCUAUUCAACUAGAACUGCAGUUGUUCAGCCCGGAGCUUCGAACGAAACCUCAGGUGGUGGUUUACAAUAAGAUGGACAUUCCGGAUGCUGCUGAACGAUGGCGCGAGUUCAAGACAGAGUUGAUCAGCGUG